CUUUGACAUCAAACCAAACCCGAGGUUCGUCGUAGAGUAUCACGCGUUAUCCCAGCGCGUUUUCAGACUCCGUGAAAGAUGAGUGCAAUGUAAAUGAGUUGAAAAUAAUACAAAUAUCACGGGAUUUCCGGUGGGAAUACACGGAAGAGAGGUGUUUUAUGCGCUACGUGGCCACUUGUGACAGCAGCAGCGGCGGCGGCAGGUUGUCGUGAUGGCUGCUGAAGUACAGCAGGAGUCUGACACAGCACUCAAUGCCAGCGACAGCACCGAGGAAACCUGCGAGAACGGCACUAAGACCGACAUACAUCCGCCCAACACCAAUGAAGACCAUAAAUCAUGUGAGAAUGAUGAAGAACACCAGAAGUCUUUGCGAAUGGAGAGAAACUGGGGUUUCACUUUAGAGGAGCUCUUCAGACUUGCGCUGAAAUUUUUUAAAGAGAUGAACGGGAAGGCCUUCAAUCCAACAUAUGAAGAAAACCUCUGCUUGGUUGCACUGUAUAAGCAAAUCACUUUUGGCCCUUAUAACCCAAAAGAAUGUCCAGAAAUUGGGUUCUUUGAUGUACUGGGAAAUGAUAGAAGGAAAGAAUGGUUACGACUGGGCAGCAUGGAUAAAGAGGUCGCUAUGGAGGACUUUGUGAAGUUGCUGAACUCCUGUUGUUGUCUGUUUGCUCCAUAUGUCACAUCACACAAGAUUGAGAAGGAGGAGCAAGAGAGGAGACAGAGAGAAGAGGAGGAACGUCUCAGGCUGGAGCGAGAAGAGCAAGAGCAACGGCGGUUGGAAGAGGAAGCACGUCGGAAAGAGGAAGAGGAGAGGAGGAAAAGGGAGGAAGAACAGAUGAGAAAAGAAGAGACAAAGAGGUCACAGAUAGAGCAGCAGAAACAGCAGAUCAUGGCUGCUCUGAAUGCACAAACUGCAACACAGUUUCAACAGUAUGUCAAACAGCAGUAUCCAGACAAUCCAGAGCAACAACAAAUACUCAUUAAACAGUUACAGGAACAGCACUACCAACAAUAUGUCCAGCAGGCCCUCCGCUUGCAGCAGCAGAAGCAGCUAGAGGACUCAGAUGUGACCCAAACACUAGAGGCACCAACUCCUUCCUCAAAUGAUGCAAUGUCCACAUGCAAUCCCAGCAGCCAAUCACAUCCAUUGGAGAAUCAGGAACAGCAGGCAGACUCUAAAGACUUCCAUUUGUUUGUAGAAGGAAAAGCAGGAGAGACACUUAUUAUUGCUCCGUCUAUGUGGACACGGCCUCAGAUAAAGGAAUUUAAGGAAAAGGUGUUGCAUGAUGAGGAGUCUGUGAUCACAGUGGGCCGAGGGGAGGUGUUGACAUUAAGGGUGCCCACUCAUGAGGAUGGCUCACAACUUUUCUGGGAAUUCGCCACCGAUCACUAUGACAUUGGUUUCGGGCUGUACUUUGAGUGGAAGGACUUGACCAUGUCACCAAGCAACAAUAAUGAAGGGACACCUGCUACUGAAACUAAAGAAGGGACACCACAGGCUGAAGGAGAGAAAGGGGUGGAGGAAAACAGACUUCCACUGAUAAAUGAGGUGGUUCCUGUUUGCCGUCGGGACAGCCAUGAUGAAGUCUAUGCUGGCAGUCACCAAUAUCCUGGCCAGGGAGUUUACCUUCUUAAAUUUGACAAUUCCUACUCCCUCUGGAGGCCAAAAGUUGUCUACUACAGAGUUUAUUACACCAGAUAAACAUCAAUAUCAUGUCUCAUAUGUCCAGGCGUUGAAUUCACACCCAAUCUGCCUUUGAGUAUGUGGAGUUUUUAAUUUAGGUGACAAUAAUAGAAAUAAAUACUUCAACAGAAAUACAACCUGCUCAAUGAGAGUAGCAUAUAUGUUAAAACCUGUUGAGGUGCAUUCCUUGUCUUGAAGUUGAUUAACAGUUGAAAAGCUCAUAUAAAUGUGUGCACAGGCCUUGUACCAAGAUGUCAGUUCAUAACAUCUUUGUUUUGGCUUUCUAAUAAGGGUCAUAGUAGAAUAUUCAGUAUAUUCUUUUGUCUGAAGUAGAAUGCAUUGUGUGUACGAAACUAUGCAUAUUCUGAUGUUGUUGAAGUUAAUCACAAUUUGCACACUACAGUACUGUUGAAUAUAUUGUGUAUAUCUGUAGAAAUUGAGUUAUAAAGGCUCUAACACACAUUAGACUUAACAGGAUAUUUUUUUCUUAAAUAAAUUUAAAAAGUAAUUUCUUCAAGAAUUAAAAGUGGCAGCUAAUCUUUAGCUAGGUGUAACCAUGUGACAUGGUAAUGGAUCUUUUGUUUUUUUUAAUUGGCCUUUUAUUUUUGGUAUAAAUGUUUUCAAUGUUCCAUUGAUAUCUGAAAGUGUUGACUGUUUUGUAGAUCCCAUAAUGCAAUCUAAAUUUUUAACAUUUUUAACAUUUAUUGUAUUUGAUGCUAAAUAAAUGCUUUUAUAGAUACGUAUGUGUGCAGGUAAAACACACAAUGAAAUUAAUGCAAAGUAUGUUUAAAAGUUCAUAAUAUAUAUUAUGUAUGAUUGUCCUAUUGAUUCUAAGACGAUGGGCAUACACAGGCACAGAUUGUUUUUAUAUCAAAUUAAUUCUUACUAUAAUUAAAAUAAGGCAAUCAUACCAACUGAGUUUUCUUUUUCUUUUCAAAUGGAAAAAUAGGUAGAAUGGACUUAAUAAUUACCAUCCAUUAAGUAGUUUAAUUUUACUAGUAUUGUCAUGUGCAUCUUUUGUUUCGUGUAAUAGCAGCAUUUAUAGCACUGCGUAAAGCAGACAGCAGCCUUAUCUUGUCUUCUUCCAUAUCUGUAGCACAAAUCCAUUGGCACUUUGGGCUCUUCAGCUGAAAAGCAGUCCGAACAUCUGAAGAGAUUAAAAUGAGGUUAAAAAAAAUCUAAAAUAUGUAAAUUACUUAAUCAUCUUAAUAUUGCUAAUGUAAAAAAACUACUGAUUUGAGAGAUCUGUACAUUGUGUUAUAUGUAAUGAUGACACACACUUUGUAUCUGUGAUUUCUAUAAGAUUUAGACAAUGCAGAGCAACAGAAUCCAAAAGGUGUGAGCAGUGUUCUCUGCCAGACAAAAUAGUACAUUUGACACACUCCUCUCCAUCAGUACAAGAGCAUCGUUUAACAGAAACAGUCCCAGGUCACUCGCAUGCUCAUACAUCCUGAAAAAAAGAAUGAGAAUGAAAAUAUGGUAGUACAUGCGCUUGGAUUAAUAAACGUGCUUCCUUAAUAGAAAGAUUAUUAUAUUUCUUGUAGACUUUGACAUAUUGAGUUUGAUUUACUACAUAACAGAAAAUGGUCAGCUUGACGCAAACAAAGAAACACUUUGUUUCUCUGUUAUUUGAUCGGAGGUCAACAGCAGUACCUGAGAGAGGCAGCAAUGUCUCCAUUUAGGCAAUGUCACUUCCUAUUUGGUGAUCAAGUAUCUGCUAAGUUCAGUACAAACAUAGUGUUAUACUUUACUAUAUAUACACACAAUACAGGUAAUUCUCAUCAAAAAAAUGUCCAGUUCAUGUUUCACCUCAAAGAGAUCCGAUUUUGAGCCUAAGCACCGUUAAAAUGUUUUUGCAUAGUUUGUUUUGACAUUUUCCUUUUGAGUUUUUUUUUUUUCUAGUUCUGGUGAUUCUCAUUAAAUUUCUCAUUACUUUAACUGUAUUUUUACGAAUUCAUUGACAUAAAAAUAAAAUUGCAAUGCAAAUCUCAAUGGUCUUAAAAAUGCUUCAUUGUUUUAAAGAACAAUUUCCUAUUAUAUUUUGAGCUGGACAUGUUUCGUGUGAUGAACCCAUAUAUACUAACAUCUGCAUAUGUUGAAUGUAAAUGCAUAAUAUUCCAACAAA